GGAUGGGCAACCCUCGGUUUUAGGACGUACGUCGCUUUUUGUGGAGAAAAAAUCAUGAAAUUGAAGUCAAAUUAAUCGUAAAAGUGUAACAACACAAAGAAAGACGCGUGCAUUUGCGGGCAAUUGCACAGCGUAAUUGCAAUCAUAAUAUUGCGUAAAGAAACAAAAAAGUCAAUAAUAUAGCGUUCAAGUCAAAUGAAAAGUAUAAAAGAAUGACUUGCCAAAGGGAAUAACACAUAUUUGUUGGUGUCAGUCAGUAAAUGCGCGGCGUGGUGGAAAGCGCGAACGAGAAAGCAAUGAAAUUUUAAGUGGAUAAAAACGAGAAAGCGCUAAAGUCACCACCCUGAGAAGAGAGUUGUAGGGACAACCUCAAACCAAAUUAAUAUUUUUCUUGCAAGUUAAUAAAAUCCCUAAUUACCUAUUAAUGGAAAUAUACAUGUGCUAAGUUAAUUAACGUAUUGUUUGAUUUAAGUUAUUGCAAAACAAAAAUAAAAAAUCUGUAUAAGUGCGACCGAGUGUACUAAGCAGCAGCCAAACAGCUAUACAAAUUCAACAAACACAACCAACAGCAACAACAACACAAUGAUGAAAAUGGAGACUGACAAAAUAAUGGACGAGACUAACUCCAAUGCACAAGCCUUCACAACCACAAUGCUAUACGAUCCGGUGCGUAAGAAAGACUCAUCGCCCACAUAUCAGACGGAGCGGGAAGUCUGCUUUCAGUACUUUACACAGUGGAGCGAAUCGGGGCAGGUUGAUUUUGUCGAGCAGCUGCUAACGCGCAUGUGCCACUAUCAGCACGGGCAGAUCAAUGCAUAUCUGAAGCCGAUGCUACAGCGCGACUUUAUAACUUUGCUGCCAAAAAAAGGUCUGGAUCACAUUGCCGAGAACAUAUUAUCGUAUUUGGAUGCCGAAUCACUCAAGUCCGCCGAAUUGGUAUGCAAGGAAUGGCUACGCGUCAUAUCCGAAGGCAUGCUAUGGAAGAAACUCAUUGAGCGCAAGGUGCGCACCGAUUCCUUGUGGCGUGGACUGGCCGAGCGACGCAAUUGGAUGCAGCAUCUGUUUAAACCGCGACCGGGACAACUACAGAGGCCACAUUCAUACCAUCGCGAGCUGUUUCCCAAGAUUAUGAAUGACAUUGAUACCAUUGAGAAUAACUGGCGAACUGGAAGGCAUAUGCUGCGUCGCAUUAAUUGUCGCUCAGAGAACUCCAAGGGUGUCUACUGCCUGCAGUACGAUGAUGGCAAGAUUGUUUCCGGUUUGCGGGAUAACACCAUCAAGAUAUGGGAUCGCACGGAUCUACAGUGCGUCAAGACUUUGAUGGGACAUACUGGUUCGGUGCUGUGCCUGCAGUAUGAUGAUAAGGUGAUUAUUAGCGGCUCGAGCGAUUCUACGGUGCGUGUGUGGGAUGUCAAUACUGGUGAAAUGGUCAAUACACUGAUUCAUCACUGCGAGGCGGUGCUUCAUUUACGCUUCAACAACGGCAUGAUGGUGACCUGCUCCAAGGAUCGAUCCAUUGCAGUCUGGGACAUGACCUCGCCGAGCGAGAUAACCCUGCGUCGCGUCCUUGUCGGACAUCGUGCGGCCGUCAAUGUGGUAGACUUUGAUGAGAAGUACAUUGUGUCCGCCAGCGGAGAUCGCACCAUCAAAGUGUGGUCCACAUCGAGCUGUGAAUUUGUGCGCACUUUGAAUGGCCACAAACGUGGCAUCGCUUGCCUGCAGUAUAGAGAUCGUCUGGUGGUUAGUGGCAGCUCCGACAACUCUAUCAGGUUAUGGGAUAUCGAGUGCGGCGCCUGCCUGCGCGUACUUGAGGGUCAUGAAGAGCUGGUGCGCUGCAUCCGUUUCGAUACGAAGCGAAUUGUCAGUGGCGCUUAUGAUGGCAAAAUUAAAGUGUGGGAUUUGGUUGCCGCACUAGAUCCGCGAGCCGCUUCCAACACAUUGUGCCUCAAUACGCUCGUGGAGCACACUGGUCGCGUUUUUCGCCUGCAAUUCGAUGAGUUUCAAAUUGUGAGCAGCUCGCACGAUGAUACUAUUUUAAUAUGGGACUUUCUAAAUUUCACACCCAAUGAGAAUAAGACCGGCCGAACACCGUCACCGGCCCUUAUGGAACAUUAACAUUUUGUGCAAAGGCAGCUACGGGAGCUUCAGCUGUAUUCCUCCAGCGAAGAGGGGGAGCAGGAAGGGAAUGAUAACGACGAUGAUGAUAAUAAUGAUGAUGAUCAAGAUAUUAAUCUCGAGCUGGAGGAGAUUGAUUAUGAUGAGGUUGAUAUUGAUAAUCUUGAUUAUGAUGAUGAUGGUCAUGAAAACUAAUGAAUACUGAUAAGCCAGCAAACAGCGUUGAGACUCGUCCAUUUAAUUAUGUUGAACCCAAGCUACUGCGAUCUCCGAUUUUAAUGAAAUGCAACAAAAACACACUACAAAAACAUAAGCAAAAACAAAUAUCCACAUUUAAUGAAAGCAAACACACACACAAACAUAAUAUGAAUUAAUGAAGUUAUUAAAGAAUACAAAAAACCAAUACACAAUAAUAAAUACAACAAGAGAGUAUAACAAAUAUUUUUGCAUAAACUGGCUGUUAGGUUUGAGAAUUGUACGAAAAGAAAAAUACAAAAAAAAAAUAUAGUAUACAAAUUUAAACAGAAUAAUGUAUUAGUUAAAUAGGCAUUAUAUAAAAAAUUAAGGUCAGUCUGUGUAAACCGUUGGAUCCACUGUUUAUGCUCGCGACAGUGGCACAGAUAUUAAUGUAACUAAUGUUUAGCUCAAAUAACUACAGUGCAUUGAGUUGAGUGCGGCUUUAAGAGUAUCAUAACAUUUUGAGGAACAUUUUUUACACAUAAAAUGCGAAUAGAAUAUAUAUAUAAAAAAAAAAACAGCAAAACUGUCAGAUCGUACAGAGUAUAGUCUUUAGCAUAGGUGUUAGUUAAAGCUACAUUAACUUGGCGAAACAUGAUUUUUUUGUUUUUUUACUUUGCGAAUCGCUUUUCUCAUUACACAUUUUGUAAUUUAAUUUACAUGCCUAAUGUUUGUGUUAAAAUUGUAAAAAUAAAAUCAAUAUAAAUUAAUUAAUUAGGUCUUAAGUAAAUAACUUAAAAAAAAUUUAAAAGAACAGAAUUCAAUUAUUGUGUAAAAGACAUAAAAGUCGUAAUUGUUUUCUCUGAACUUUAAUUAUACAGUGCGACUUAAUACUGUUGAUUAGGCAAAAAUAUGAAAAACUAAAGUAAUAAAAAUAUAUACUGCAAUAUAUUGAUUAUUCUUUGAUUGUAUGAAUUGAAUUGAUAGAUUACGAUUUAUGUGUAGGAAUUAGACAAUUGCAUGUCGUUUUUAAAUAUGUCGUUGAUUGUGAUCAAUUUGAUAGCCACUACAUUGUCUAACUUUAAGUUUCGAUGCUUAAUAUAUAGAUUUGAAGCUUUCGCGAUCGUGUAUUAUGUAUAUAACGUUUUAAGACUAAGAAAAGUUGAUGAAAACUAAAUUACAAAAUGUACUACUAUAUAUACAAGCCCAAUAUGUAAAACUUUAGUGGAAACGCAGCUUGUUGAAAUUGGAAAAUGGAACUGCAACUUGCGCAAAUUGGUAAAUAUAGGUAAUAUAUUAUGAUUAGAAAUAAUAAAUUGUGUAUAAAUGCUA